CGUAUUCCGGUCAGCGCUGUGGAACUCCACGUGAACGCGACUGAACGUUGAAGUUUCAGUGAUUUAUGGUUCUUUAGAGGAGCUUUGGACGCUGAGGCCGACAGGAUGCUGUAUCUGAUCGGCCUGGGGCUCGGAGACKCCGCCGACAUCACGGUGAAAGGCCUGCAGGCGGUGAAGCGCUGCUCCCGGGUCUACCUGGAGGCCUACACCUCCAUCCUCACGGUGGGGAAAGAAGCGCUGGAGGAGUAUUAUGGGAUGCCGYUGAUCCUGGCAGACAGAGAUCUGGUGGAACAGGGAGCCGAUGAAAUCCUGAAGGACGCAGACGUGACCGACGUGGCCUUCCUGGUGGUGGGCGACCCAUUUGGAGCCACCACCCACAGUGACCUCGUCCUCAGAGCAGUGCAUGCUGGGAUACCRUACAAAGUCAUCCACAACGCCUCCAUCAUGAACGCCGUCGGCUGCUGUGGGCUUCAGCUCUAUAACUUUGGAGAGACGGUCUCUGUGGUGUUUUGGACRGAGACGUGGAGACCUGAGAGUUUCUACGAUAAAAUCUGUAAAAACAGAUCAGCUGGACUUCACACMCUCUGUCUGCUGGACAUUAAAGUCAAAGAGCAGAGCGUGGAGAACAUGAUGAGAGGGAAGAAGAUCUACGAGCCUCCUCGCUUCAUGACCGUCAGUCAGGCUGCUGAUCAGCUGAUUCAGAUCAUCCAGAGGAGGCGGGAGGAAGGGGCGGAGCUUGGUGUCACCGAGGACACGGUGUGCGUGGGUUUGGCYCGGCUCGGCUCGGACGAGCAGACGAUCCGGGCGGGGACGCUGCUCCAGCUGGCGUCCUGCGACCUGGGCGCGCCGCUCCACUCGCUGGUGGUGACGGGCAGGCUCCACCCCCUGGAGGUGGACAUGCUGCGCAUCAACGCCGAGCCGAACGCGCUGGAACACCUGAGCGCCGUCGACAGCUCCACCUUCAUGUCCUGACGCGUGGAGGCGGAGCUUCCUCAGAAAACUUUAGCUUGUUGUGGAGGAGCAACAGGAAGUGACUUUAAAAUAAUAAAGAUGAAAGUGAGCGAC